GCCACGGCGCCGGGCACAGCCCCGCGGGUCUCCGCGCCCCUUGCUCCGGGGCCGCGGCCUGGGACACGGCAGGGGGGCCCGAGGCUCCUCCAUGCUGGCAGCCCCGGGGCUGCGGAGCCGGCUGGGUGGCUCCUGCCAUGGCUGCGGAAGAGGAGGCUGCGGCAGGAGGUGAGGCUGCGGGCGGCGCGCCGGCGGAGACGGCUCCAGGCAGAGUGUUGAUGGAGGAGAACCAGUGUGUUACCCCUGGGGUUCCCAGUCACAUGAGCCCAGGGACAAAGCCAGCAGCCAUUGGGUGCUUCAGCUCACAUGUGACCGAGUUCCCAAGAAAACGCAAAGGAAGUGAUUCAGACCCAUCCCAAGAAGCUCACAGCCAAACCGAAAAGCGGAGGAGAGAUAAAAUGAAUAACCUGAUUGAAGAACUGUCUGCGAUGAUUCCCCAGUGCAAUCCCGUGGCGCGUAAACUGGACAAACUCUCGGUCUUAAGAAUGGCUGUUCAGCACUUGAAAUCUUUAAAAGGUAUGACUGAUUCUUAUGUAGGAGAUAAUUAUAGACCUUCAUUUAUUCAGGAUAAUGAGCUCAGACACUUAAUCCUUAAAACUGCAGAAGGCUUCCUAUUUGUGGUUGGAUGUGAAAGAGGAAAAAUACUCUUCGUUUCUAAGUCAGUCUCCAAAACACUUCAUUAUGAUCAGGCUAGUUUGACUGGACAAAGCUUAUUUGACUUCUUACAUCCAAAAGAUGUGGCCAAAGUAAAGGAACAACUUUCUUCUUCUGAUAUUUCACCAAGAGAGAAGCUUAUAGACGCCAAAACGGGUUUGCAAGUUCAUAGUCAUUUCCGCGCUGGAAGGAUGCACAUGUACUCUGGCUCAAGACGAUCCUUUUUCUGUCGGAUAAAGAGCUGUAAAAUCUCCGUCAAAGAAGAGCAUGAGUGUUUCCCCAACUCAAAGAAGAAAGAGCUUAGAAAAUUUUAUACCAUCCACUGCACUGGUUACCUGAGAAGCUGGCCUCCAAGUAUCGUUGGAAUGGAAGAAGAGAGGGACAUUAAGAAAGACAACAGUAAUUUUAACUGCCUUGUUGCCAUUGGAAGAUUACACCCAUAUAUAGUUCCACAGAACAGUGGAGAGAUUAAAGUGAAACCAACUGAAUUUAUAACCCGAUUUGCAAUGAAUGGAAAAUUUGUCUACGUAGAUCAAAGGGCAACAGCAAUUCUAGGAUAUUUGCCUCAGGAACUUCUGGGAACUUCAUGUUAUGAGUAUUUUCAUCAAGAUGACCAUAGUAAUUUGACUGACAAGCACAAAGCAGUCCUACAGAGUAAGGAGAAAAUAUUUACAGAUUCAUACAAAUUCAGAGCCAAAGAUGGUUCUUUUGUAACUUUAAAAAGCCAGUGGUUUAGUUUCACAAAUCCUUGGACCAAAGAACUGGAAUAUAUUGUAUCCGUCAACACUUUAGUUUUGAGGCACAGUGAGAUGAGAGAAGCGUCAUUUUUCCCUUGUAGCUCUCAAUCAUCAGAAGCGUCCUCUAAACGGUCAUGUAUCACUGUGCCUGGAAUGUCUGCUGGAACAGUCCUUGGUGCUGGUAGUAUCGGAACAGAUAUUGCAAAUGAAGUUCUGGAUUUACAAAGGUUACAGUCGUCUUCAUCCCUUGAUGAUUCAAGUUCAACAGAUUUAAUGAAAGAUACUCACACUGUAAACUGCAGACAUGUGAUGGUGCACAGCUGGAUUUUGAUGCCCUGUGUGACAAUGAUGACACAGCCAUGGCUGCAUUCAUGAAUUACUUAGAAGCAGAGGGGGGCCUGGGAGACCCUGGGGACUUCAGUGACAUCCAGUGGACACUCUAAGCACUUGAUUUUUAAUUC